CACUUUGAGAGAUAUUUGAUCACGAUGCUGUGAGUUUGAUUCAACGGGAGAUUUCACUUAGAAUCCAGUCAAGGUUUCUCUCUUAUUCUCUGAAGGAAUGAAACUAUUUAAAUGGCACAGCACAGACUUUCUCUGGACCUUCUCAGACGCGACGACACAAACAUCCAAAAUGGUCAGUUUGCUGCCAGAAGUCAACACGGACCAAAAGACCGUUGAAAUGAAAAGAAGAAGAGAAAACUGUGAACGUGAUCCAGACGGUUCUUACGAGCUGUGAUCAUGAUCACGUGAUCAGUGGGUUUGUCGAUCAUGUGAUCACAUCAUGUAAAAGAAACGUCUUUUAUUAUUUUUUAUUUUUCUCAGUUGUUUCAUUAGCUCUGAAUUGCACUGGUCAUUUAGCGGCAACAGUCAAACGAUAUUUGUUCCACUCGGUUAGUCUGCGAUUCAUUGACGGAUUAUCAGGUUUAAAUCUGUAAACUUGGGAAUAAUUCUUGACGAGGUCUCGAGGAUUUUAAUCAAACGACCUCCAGAUAAACGGGCCCCCGACUCCCCAUCCCGAUGGUGAUAAAAUGAGCCCUUCACCCCCCCAGACGGAGAGCCGGCAUGGACAACAAGGCGCUGGAACCAGAGUCCGUGAGCCCCCCCAUGGAGCAGGUGGUGGUCGUGUGCAACGGGGGCGUCCCGCAGCAGCAGCAGCAGCAGCAGGAGGCGGCCAUGUUGACCCACCUGAAGAAGGUGGAGAACCACAUCACCGAGGCCCAGCGGUUCUCCCACCUCCCCAGGCGCUCCGCCGUGGACCUGGAGUUCAGCGACCUCUCCUACACCAUCAGGGAGGGGCCGUGCUGGAGGAGGAGAGGGUUCAAAGCCUUGCUCAAGUGCCUUUCUGGAAGGUUCUGCAGUCGAGAGCUGAUCGGGAUCAUGGGGCCCUCGGGGGCCGGGAAGUCCACCCUCAUGAACAUUCUGGCCGGAUACAGGGAAACAGGGAUGAAGGGUCAGAUCCGCGUAAAUGGGAAGCCCAGGGACCUGAGGACCUUCAGGAAGAUGUCCUGCUACAUCAUGCAGGAGGACGUGCUGCUGCCUCACCUCACGGCACGAGAGGCCAUGAUGGUUUCAGCCAACUUGAAGCUGAAUGAAACGAUGGAUGUGAAGAAAGAACUGGUGGCGGAGAUCCUGACGGCUCUCGGCCUCCUCGACUGCGCUCACACGCGCACCAGCUCGCUGUCCGGAGGGCAGUGCAAGCGGCUCGCCAUCGCGCUCGAGCUGGUCAACAACCCGCCGGUCAUGUUCUUUGACGAGCCCACCAGUGGGCUGGACAGCGUGUCCUGCUACCAGGUUGUCUCUCUGAUGCGCUCUCUGGCGCUGGGAGGACGCACCAUCAUCUGCACCAUCCACCAGCCCAGCGCCAAGCUCUUUGAGAUGUUCGACAAGCUCUACAUCCUCAGCCAGGGUCAGUGCAUCUACAAGGGCUCGGUCCCCUACCUCAUCCCGUACCUGAAGACCCUGGGCCUCCACUGCCCCACCUACCACAACCCCGCCGACUUCAUCAUCGAGGUGGCCUCGGGGGAGUACGGAGACCUGAACCCGGUGCUGUUUGAGGCCGUGCAGGGCGGGAUGUGUGUUUUUCUUCACAGUGUUUUAUUGGGACCUGAGGUCGAUUUGCCCCCUUUCUGUGAUGUUCUGGUAUCAUCUGCUCCCCCUCAGGACGCCGGACACUUGGAGAGACAUUCUUUCACCACAAGCACCCUAACGCAGUUCUGUAUCCUCUUCAAGAGGACCUUCAUCAUCAUAUGUCGAGACCAGGUUCUGACCCACCUCAGGCUGAUGUCCCACAUCGCCAUCGGCGUGCUGAUCGGCCUGCUCUACCUGAACAUCGGCAACGACGCCAGCAAGGUCUUCAACAACACCGGCUUCCUCUUCUUCUCCAUGCUCUUCCUCAUGUUCGGGGCGCUCAUGCCCACCGUGCUGACCUUUCCUCUGGAGAUGUCUGUGUUCCUGAGGGAGCACCUUAACUACUGGUACAGCCUGAAGGCCUACUACCUGGCCAAGACCAUGGCCGACAUCCCCUUCCAGGUGCUCUGCCCCAUCAUGUACUGCAGCAUUGUGUACUGGAUGACGGAGCAGCCCCCCGAGGCCAGCCGCUACCUGCUCUUCCUCGCCCUGUCCACCUGCACGGCCCUGGUGGCACAGUCCCUGGGCCUCCUGGUCGGGGCCGCUUCCACCUCCCUACAGGUAGCCACGUUCGUUGGACCGGUCACGGCCAUCCCGGUACUCCUCUUUUCUGGAUUCUUUGUGAACUUUGACACGAUCCCCAAAUAUCUGCAGUGGAGCUCCUACGUGUCGUAUGUCAGGUACGGCUUUGAAGGCGUCAUCCUGUCCAUCUACGGGAUGAACCGCUCUGAGCUGGAGUGCCCGGGGAAGGUCUGCAAGUUCCAGAGGCCCGAGGAGGUGCUGCAGCUUCUGGACGUGGAGGACGCCAAGCUCCACGUGGACUUCAUCGUCCUCGGCGUUUUCUUCUUCAUCCUGCGGCUGGCCACCUACGUUGUCCUCCGCUACAAGGUCAAGUCAGAGAGGUAGAGAAGACGGCCUCCUCCUGGACUUGGUCUGUCUCUCUCUGUCUGUCUGUCCGUCUCUGGCUGUCUCUCAAGUUGUGAUUUAAUGAAAUAUAUAUGUCAUCUUCCGAAUCGACGCACACCGGUUUUACCUCAGACAUCCCCACUUGGAAACGAGACGCGACCCUCACAGGAGCUGGCAGCCAUGUUUGUUUCACACCGUGUUCUGCAGGACGAGUGUGAUGAAGUGUUCCUGGACUUGGUGUUUUGAACUAGUUUUUGUUCCAUGUUUUGCCGUUGUAGGUGACAGCUGGGCAUAGUCCCCAAAAAAACAUUUACUUCCUGUGUAUAAAAAAAUGAAAUCAUUGUUUGAGCUAGAUUGUUUUUUAACAUGUUGAUAGUUGUAAAUUAAGCUUUAUUGUGAUUGUCUACUGAAUUUUUGUACUUCUAUGAUUAUGAUCUUAAAUCUUCAUAUUGCAAUUCUUUCAUCUAACAUGCUAAUGUAAUAACUAACAUCCAACGUUACUCAAACUACAAUUCUAACACUAAACAUUACUACAAGUAUUAUCAUUUCUACCACUCGGUGUGUUCUACUGCUUAAAUCCCUAACAUCUUUCUUAUUUACAACAUGCAAACAUGUUUGGUGCUAUCUGAAGUUUCAUGUUUUACUUGAGUUACUCGUAAGAAGAAGUGACACAUCUGGAUGCACAUCACAGUAAAUACGAGCAGCCGGAGAACAACCAAAGAGAAACUGCUGGAACUGGAAGUAUGCUCACCUUUUAGUUACAAUGCCUUGACGGCCUUUCUGUUGUUGUUUGUUGUUGUUAUUGUGUUGUGUCAUGACUUAUAUGUUCUAUCGUUCUCUUUUAAGAUAUAUUUUGGAUAACUUUCAGCUUAACCAUACUGUACAGCUGUGCAAAAGGUUUGAUAUUCUAAUAAACUUGGAUCUACUUAAUUAAA